GAUACGUAAAUACAGUGACGAAAUACGGAAGUAAACUUUAUAAUUGCAUUAUUUGAUACUUCAUUCGUGCAUAAAAACUUGAUAGUAACUAUUGUCAUUAAUGGUUAAACGUUUUUGACGACGAGUGACUAAAUUUUAUUUUAUUACACACGCCAAACUUUAAAUAAAUUUUAUUUCAAAAAUGAAACUUCACGGAAAUUCCUUUGCUGUGCUUUGCUGGAUUUUCUUACCCGUUGUAUUUGGGAUUUCUGAUAGGUUUGUAUUCAAGAUAAAUUCAGAUGUUCAUGAAAUGGAGGAAAAUCUUCGAGUCUACAAUUUUAUAGAUAUGUUCAAGAUUACUCCCACUGUUUACAGUUUUAAGUAUGUCGGAUCCCUCAGUACAUCAAAAAUUGAACAUGUUUUAUCAGAAGUCAAACGAGUAUACAGAGACAGAAUAAUCGAGAUUGAACAAGCUAAAGAAUGCAUUAACUGUAUUCCAGUGGACCGCAUAGAUGUAAUGCCCGUUGCUUCGGAACACGAAAGCGGACUGUUUCCAGAGAACGAGGAGAAUGAGACUUAUUUUGGGAUGAACGUCGAGAAUGCCUGGUUUCAUGGAUACAAUGGGACUGGUAUAAAUGUCGCCGUGUUAGAUGUUGGCAUAAAUACAAACAUAAUAGACCUCAGACAAAAUAUAAACAAGGCGUUGGCGUUCAACUUCAUAGACAAUACGACCAAUGUGACGCCAGAAUAUUUCCAUAGUUAUUGGGCAGAUUCAUUGCGUUUUGUCGACCACGGAAACAGAUGUGCAAGUGUUAUAGCUGCUAAAAAAGGGAAUGGUGUUUGCGGUGCCGGUAUUGCAUAUGAAGCAAAUGUUGUUCCUUUGAAGGUAUUUUCGGUGAAGCUUGAGUAUCAGCAAUUCAAGCUAUUCACUACCUUUGAUAUCAUCGCUGCAGCACUUGCCUAUCGUUUACAGCAUAUUCACAUCUACUCGAACAGCUGGGCGCCACCCGAAAAAUUUGAACCUCUCGAUCUGGCGACAAGAGAAGCUAUUCUGAACGGAGUGACAAAGGGCAGAAACAAACUUGGAGCAAUUUAUGUUGUACCUGAUGGGUCGGAUGGUAUUUCUGGCAGUGGUCUAGCCAAUAGCAUACACACUAUCACUGUUAACAGUGUUGGUGUCAAUGGCGUAUUGCCACCAAAAGCACAAGUUAGUGCGAGUGUGUUAACUUCAGGUCUUGGAGAAGGAAACAAACUCAAUAAAAAUUACAUGCUUACUUCUUCUUUCAACAACAGAUGUAUCAAGUCAUUCAAAGGUGUAUCAGCAGCUGUUGCAGAAAUAUCAGCAAUUAUUGCCCUUGCGUUACAAGCAAGGCCAGGUUUAUCGCAGAGAGACAUUCAACACUUACUUGUUGAGUCAUCGGAGCAACAAAAACUAGCUAAAACUGUUGAAUUUAAACGAAAUGCAGCGGGAAAGUUGUUUAACUUCUUCCUUGGGUUUGGGCUAAUUGACGCUGAGAAAAUGGUAACACUUUCAAAAAAAUGGCCUCUCGUUGGAAACAUUUACAGCAAUACUUUAAGCUAUACAAAGACAUCGCGCACGUUCAGGCCAGAGAUGAGAGGGAAACAUCAACGUAAAUAUUCGAACACACACAGAACUAUGUAUGAAAUAGUGUUUAAGAUGGAAGAAUAUAGAUGCAAUCUGCAUGUUAAUACAAUAGAACAUGUUGUCUUAUACAUUAGUCAUGCUAUUGUAACUCAAAGAAACAUGAUACUGGAAAUAAUUUCUCCGAGCAAUACCGUCUCUAUCGUUGUGGAUAAUGGAGAUGUUACUAAAUUCAAUCAAGAUAACGCAGAUAGGAACUUGACAAGUGUACACUUUUGGGGAGAAAUCCCCUUUGGUUAUUGGAAGGUUAGGAUGCAACUGGCACAAGCAAUAGAUGAAGGCCAUCUCCAAACGGCGUCCUUAAUCGUGUAUGGAACUUUCAACGAAAGUAAAAGAACCCAGAAUUGUGUAUCAUCCACACAGGAGACUAGGACUGUUAAGAAAAUUAGAUACACUGAUAGAAAAACGAAAUCACACGGGUCAAAAUCAGAGAACAAAUCAGCAAAGAAUACUGCAGAUCGUUUUAUUUUACAUUAUACAUUAGCUUGGCUUUUAAUAUUUUGGACGACAUUUCACUUUUUAAAUAAUAUUGCAAAUGUUAUGCAGGUGCGUUAUAUUUAGUGUAAGUUUUAUUCUUAGUCAGUUCUUUUAUUACUUUUUACAUCUACCAUGUACACAUAUUUCUUAUUUAGGCUGUAUAUUUAUGUUCGCUUUUAAAUAGUCGGUGUUAUUGUUUAGUACUUUUAUGUUGUUCAGACGUCCUGUAAACCAAUGCAAUUUUCGAGCAGUACAGUUACGAAAUUAAUGAUUUAGAUUGAUGUGCAAUUAAAUACUCACGCAAGAGUAUGCUGUCGACGUUUCUUGUUGCUAUUAAGAUACAAACAUACAUUCUGUUAAAUUCAUAAUAGGGUAUUAAGUAAAUCUGCGUUAUUAUCAGUCAAUAAAUUUAUAUUUUUAAGACGUUAUUGACAUGAAAAAUAUUUUGUUUGCUCGUAUUCAAAAUCGUAGAAAACCUUUAUCGAUAAUUACUAUAUUCGAACAAAACACGCACAGUCUGCAUGUAUAAAAUAAAACUAAUGCCUUGUGUGAAUGAUCUAGUCAUUUACAUGGUUUUAGUAGUUAUGUUACAAAAAAUAUUUGGUUUUUGCAGGUUCAUGAUGAAUGAUAUUAUAUAAAUACUUUGUAUAUAGUUAUCCAGCAAUGAGAGCAAUCCAUUUUGCUAUAGUCUGUGAUAUGAGUAUCAUAAAACGGGUACAUAUACUUUUCGUUUUGUGAUCUGCACAUGCUUUAUACUUUUAAAUAAUCAUAAUUUGUCUUUGAAAUGUAUCCUUUUAUGGUUUAUUUAUUAUACAAUAUUUGUGAUUUCUAUUGUUUAUAUGCUAUAAUGAUUUUAUAUUCAAAAUGUUUCCCGAUUUUUACAUUUUUGCUUCAAAAUGUGAUGAUGAAUUAUGAUACCUCAAAUUUAAAGCGCUUGAUAUAUGUUAUUGUAACAAAUGUAAGAUGCGGCCUAAUUUCACUUUAUAUGUGUAUAAACAGUGUAUUUCUUUAAAAUAGGGUAGGUUUUUUUGCAGGGUGUUUAAAGUAUACAAGUACAAUUCUUUUUUCUUAAACAAUAUUUAACAUGUCAUCUGUAUAUUGAUUCCUGGAGGAGCAUUUAGAAAUUUGAAAUAUGUAUGAAAAUAUAUAUGCGUUCCAUGAAUAAAUAUAUGAAAUUCA